UUGAAAAGAAAAAAUCAUUACGACGUUCUCAACGUUCAUCGCAAUGCCGACAAACGAGUCAUUAAAAAGCAAUACUAUCGAUUAUCGAAACAAUACCAUCCUGAUCUCAAUCCAAACAACACAGACGCCCAUGCUAAAUUUCUCGAGGUCAACGAAGCUUAUGCAGUGCUAGGCAACGAAGCAAGUCGUCGACGGUAUGAU